ACAGUGUAAAACAAUGUUAACAUUGACAUUUUUAAAAAUUUGUUAAAUGUGAAAGAUUCAAUAUAAUAUUAUAUGUAAACAACAAGUUACACAUAUGAUAGAAUAAGUGCAACGUGGCACCAAUCCGUUCUUCAUUGCAGUGCAACAGAACUCAGUACAACAGUUCACGGUACUCGUUGCACUGGGUCUUGAGCAAGAACAAGCAGUGCAGGGCAGUGCGAGAAUUGGUUCAUAUACAAUAUAUCAUUAUUACAAGAAACAAUGGAGAAAGUUAAUGAGCAGGCAAAUUCGUCAAGUUCGGAGAAUGAAAUGUCUGUAAAAAUUCUGAAGGAAGUAAUAGAUCAACAAUUUUUGAAUGAUAAUCUAUAUAUCUCGAAGAAAACGAUCAUUGUUCCUCAAUAUGAAGAAUUAGAAAUUAAUAAAUCCAAUAAAAAGUCCUUGAGAAUAAGUUUAAAAGAGGACAAAUUCACGAAUUUAGGUAUUACUACUUCAUUUCAAAAUUUUAUUGCCAAGAAACUAGACAAAAUUUUAGAAGGGUCCAUAGAGUUAAGGAACAACAAAAUUAUUCAACAUUGUACGGGACAGAAACAGAAAAGAAAGAAGAAUUCUGGAAUAAAACUGUUAAGCACAUCAAAAAAAUUUUUAGUUAUUACGGAAAGCAGAGAAAUAUAUACGGAAGACAAAAAAAAAUCAAAAAAGUGUAAAAACUAUCACCAAUUUGCGGAGGAUAAAAAUGCUUUAUUAAAACUUCAAGAGGCUGCCGUUGACCCAGAAUCUAUAAUGAACAAAUCGAAUACAAAAACUUGGAUCAAUAAACGUCCAGAACCGGAAUUUAAAUAUAAAAGAUUAAAAAAUGACACUUUAAUUGAAGUGUAAUAUUAGUUUUUUAUCUGCUAAUAACACAUACACACGCAUACGCGCGCGCGCACGCACACACACACACACACGCACACCUCAUACAAAUGUAAAAAUAAAAUUAUCUUCCAUGCACU